AUGGCAGGCACUGCAGAAAAUGCAGCUUCAAGCGAAGCGGCUUUGCUUAAUGCUGCGGACAGAGGCUUGCAUUCAUCUAAGCCACCACAGCAAGUCACGGUCUAUGAUGCGGUGGCGGGAAGAGCAGGCUUGAAUGGAUUUUUGAAUGCAGAACAGAGGGUAUCGGAAAAUGUUCUGCCCAUUGCACCAGAGGAAGUCCUUAUACGCCGAUCCACCAUUCCGGAGCACACAAUAUACGAGUCGUAUGAUGCAGCAGGAGAACUUCCUGGAACCCAAAAGCUGCCCGAGUCUGAUAUGCUCAAAGCAAUCCAUGCGUACGCCUCGGAUUUCUACAGUCGGGCCACGGAAGAACAAGGGACACUUGAUUUUCGGACCCUUGAUGAGACAGCUCUUAUCGCCUUCGGCAUUCUACUCGAGGAAGCGGUCAAGGAGGCCCUAGGGCAAAACGGGGAUAUGGUUUUCGUGGAACCCGAGGGACUCGAGCAUGGGCUCGACGAAACAAAAUUGUCCAAAUAUCAAGUCAAGGGUCGAGCGAAGCCACAAAAAGCGUCCAAAAAGGACUCUUCAGAAGACAGUCUGCAAGAGGACGAAUCACCAACGAAAAGGCAGCGCCGUUGA